GGCUUCGAGCCGCACUGGUUUGCAUGCCUCGGACAUCCAACCUCCGGUCGGAAGCAAACGCAGAAUAAAUUCGCGGGGACAAGUGGCGCUUCUGAUUGAGUGCCGAUUGAUAUGACUGAUUGGAGGUCAGAUAUGAAACUCAAGAGCUUGAUGCUCGGCGUAGCAGCUGCUGCUACCGCUACCACCGCCCAGGCAGCCGAUCUUCCGGUUGCUCCGGAGCCGGUCGACUACGUUCGCGUCUGUGACGCUUACGGUUCGCGCUUCUACUACAUCCCGGGCACAGAAACCUGCCUGCGUGUUGGUGGUCGUCUUCGUACACAGUUCGUUGUCAACAACGUUCUGGACGAUGACAACACACCUGGUGCUUGGGCCAGCCGUGAUUCCGAUGGUUAUUCCUGGCUGACACGCGGUUACGCAUACCUCGAUGCUCGUAACGCUACUGAAUUCGGCACCCUGCGUGCUUAUGUCGGUCUGCGCAUGGACAUCACCAACGGCGCCAGCGGCUUCAAGCUGGACUCCGGUUACAUCCAGUGGGGCGGCCUGACAGCUGGUUACCUCGGAUCUAACUUCAACACCUACACCGGUCAGGUGUUCAUGGGUGUUGUCACACGUGACUGGGCUGAUACCACGGUCAACCAGAUCGCUUACACCGCUGCAUUCGGCAACGGCUUCUCCGCAACGCUCGCAAUCGAAGACCGUUCCGGUCACGAAGUUGGCGCUUACGGCGGAACGCGUAUGCCUGAUUUCGUUGCUGCUCUCGGCGUAUCCCAGGGUUGGGGUUCCGCACAGCUUUCGGGUGCCAUCCAUCAGGUUUAUCCUGACGCGGCAUUCAACAGCACGAAUGCUUCUGGUUCCGAAGACAGCCUCGGCUGGGCAAUCGGCGCUGGUGCGAACUUCAACCUGCCGUUCGCAAACUCCGGUUCCAACAUCUUCUUCCAGGGUUUCUAUGCUGACGGCGCUCUGAAGUACAUCGGUAACGGCAUCACUGGCCUGACCGGCGUUGCUGAUUAUGCACCUGAUGGGGACACCAACUCCGGUUACUCACUGUCUGCUGGUGUGUACAUCCAGGCUACCCCGACCAUCGGUCUGGCAGCUGACGGAUCUUGGGCACAUGUUGACAUGGACAGCUCUGCUGCCAUCGGCAACGUUGACCGCUGGGCAAUCGACGGUUCGGUACAGUGGGAGCCGGUCUCCGGUUUCGUCAUGGGUGCUGACGUUGGUUACGCCAACAACUCGAUCGACGGCACUGGUGGAAACGCUAGCAACGACUUCGACGAACUGCUGUUCGGUGUUCGUAUGCAGCGCACUUUCUAA